CAAAGGUUACGGCUCUGGGAACGAGCUUUACGUGUGCGGAACGCGCAACCAUUUCGAGUUGAAAGAAAGGAGGGAAAAACGUGUGCCUUUAGACGUUGUUUUCAGUUCGUAAAGAAAACAAGCGACGCUCACAAUGGCUUCGACAUCAGGUGGAGCGCCAGGGAAGCCUCAGCGGAUCCCUAAAGUGGCCAAGGUUAAGAACAAGAUGCCAGCCCCAGUACAGAUCACUGCAGAACAACUGCUGAGAGAAGCUAAGGAGAGGGAACUGGAGGUUCUACCCCCGCCACCAAAGCAGAAGAUCUCAGAUGAGGAAGAGCUGAAGGAGUAUCAGCUAAGGAAAAGAAAGGAAUUUGAGGACAACAUCAGGAAGAACCGUGGGCUGAUCGGCAACUGGCUGAAGUAUGCUCAGUGGGAGGAGAGUCAGAAGGAGCUGGACAGGGCGCGCUCAGUGUACGAGCGUGCCAUUGAUGUGGAGCAUCGUAACAUCACCCUGUGGCUGAAGUACUCGGAGAUGGAGAUGAAGAACCGCCAGGUUAACCACGCCCGUAACGUGUUCGACCGAGCCAUCACUAUCCUCCCCCGGGCCAACCAGCUGUGGCUGAAGUAUGUGUACAUGGAGGAGAUGUUGGUGAACAUUGCGGGAUGCAGACAGGUGUUUGAGAGAUGGAUGGAGUGGGAACCUGAGGAACAGUACUGGCACCAAUUUGUGAACUUUGAGCUGAGGUUCAAGGAGAUCGACAGAGCACGGACCAUCUAUGAGAGAUUUGUCAUGGUGCAUCCGACAGUUCAAAAUUGGAUCAAGUACGCUAAGUUUGAGGAGCGACAUGGCUUCACUGCCAGCUCCCGUAAGGUGUACGAGAGAGCUGUGGAGUUCUUCGGAGAAGACCACAUGGACGAGAAGCUUUAUGUGGCUUUUGCUAAGUUUGAGGAGCAUCAGAAAGAGCAUGACAGAGUGCGAGUCAUCUACAAGUACGCGCUGGACCGGAUCCCCAAACAGGAGGCUCAGGACCUGUUCAAGAGUUACACCAUCCACGAGAAGAAGUAUGGUGACAGGGCUGGCAUCGAGAACGUCAUCGUCAGCAAACGCAAGUUCCAGUAUGAAGAGGAAGUGAAAGCAAACCCCAACAACUAUGAUGCGUGGUUUGACUACCUGCGCCUGUUGGAGAGUGAUGGCACGGUGGACCAGGUGCGUGAGGUGUACGAGAGAGCGAUCGCCAACGUCCCUCCCACCCCGGAGAAACGGUUCUGGCGCAGGUACAUCUACCUCUGGAUCAACUAUGGCCUGUAUGAGGAGCUGGAGGCCAAGGACAUGGAAAGGACACGUAUGGUGUACAAGGCCUGCCUAGAAGUCAUUCCACACAAAAAGUUCACCUUUGCGAAGAUCUGGCUGCUGUGUGCCCAGUUCGAGGUGCGACAGAAGAACCUGGCGGGGGCUCGGCGGGUGCUAGGCAAUGCCAUUGGGCGCUGUCCCAAAGACAAGCUGUUCAAGGGCUACAUCGAACUGGAACUGCAGCUGCGCGAGUUUGACCGCUGUCGCAUCCUGUACGAAAAGUUUCUGGAGUUCGGCCCAGAGAACUGCACCUCCUGGAUCAAGUUUGCUGAGCUUGAGACAAUCCUCGGGGACGUGGAGCGGGCGCGGGCGAUCUACGAGCUGGCCAUCAGCCAGCCCAAACUGGACAUGCCCGAGAUGCUGUGGAAGUCGUACAUCGACUUUGAGAUCGAGCAGGAGGAGCCGCAGAGGGUCCGGGAGCUGUACAGUAGGCUGCUGGAGAGGACACAACAUGUCAAGGUUUGGAUCAGUUAUGCAAAGUUUGAGCUGUCCGUAGCUGGGGAGGACAUGGCUGCCAGGGCAAGGAAGAUCUUUGAGCAGGGCAACCGAGCGCUGCGGAACUGUGAGGAGAAGGAGGAGCGGCUGAUGCUCCUGGAGGCCUGGAGGGACGUGGAGGAGGAGGCUGGAUCUGUGGAGAGUCUGGAGAAGGUGAACAAACUGAUGCCCAAGCGGGUCAAGAAGAGGAGGAAGGUCCAGACAGAAGAUGGGAUGGAUGCAGGGUGGGAGGAGUACUAUGACUACAUCUUCCCCGAGGACGAGGCCAACCAGCCUAACCUCAAGCUCCUCGCCAUGGCCAAGAGAUGGAAGGAGCAGAAGGAGCGGGUGGACGAUCAGGAGGAGGGGAGUACCAGUAGUGAUGAAGAUGAUGAUGAUGAGAAACAGGCUGAAGGGGAGAGGGGGGCUGGGAUGUUGGCAAUGGCAAAACAGUGGAAGAAGCAGCGAAAUGCUGACGAGAUUGAUAUAAGUGGUAGUGACGAGGAGGGGAGUGAGGGAGGGAAAGAAGAGAGCAGAGAAAAGACCAAACAGUUGCGAAGACAGAAGGAUCCCGAUAAAGAUAGCAGUAGUGAAGAGGAGGCAAGGGAGAGAAAGAAGGAGGGAAGGGCAGAGAGAGAAGACAGCUCUGAUAGCUCAAGUAGUAGCAGUAGUGAAGAUGAAGAUAGACAAAAGAAAGGAAAGAGGAGAAAACGUGGAAGUAGCAGCAGUAGUAGUAGCAGUUCUGAAGAGGAGAGAGACAAGGAGAGGAGGAAAAGGAUUGAGGGCGGGGAGGAUGAGGAUGCUGACACAGACAUCAGUGAUGAUGACUGAUGCUCGUCUUUUAUUUUCCUUUCCGUCAGCAACGUGUAAAUUUGAGUAGAAUUAAUCAGUGCAACCGUGAUUCAGUGAAUUUUGAGACAUAUAUAGAAUUUCCCUUUUUGUAUUGUAUAAGCAAGGAGCUUCUAUAGAAGCUCAGUACAGUGCCUUCUAUAGAAGCUCCUUGGUAUAAGGCAGUUAUAUGAACCAUAGUUGUAACAGAAAUAGGGACCACUGCAAGCCUGUGUGAGGGCACUUGGCCUGACCAAUAUGUAUUGCCAGUGCUUCUCUGGUAUGUUUGGAAACAUGUAAAUAGCAUUAACAUUGCUUUAUUUCCUAAGGCCUUAUUUACCCACACUAGAAAAGUAUCUAUAGACUUUGCAAAUAAAUGUUGCCACAAAGCA